CACAAGGCACAAGUAGAAGCAGAAGCAGACGCAUUUGAACGCAAGCGUUUGACGCGGUUCGUCGUCUUUAGUGCACGAAAUUGAGCUGUCUUUAUCUUAUUAUUGAACUUUCUGUGGACUCUGUGCCAGUGUUUGUGUUAUUUCAGGGCGGUGGUUCAUCUCUGCUCCGACUAAAAUAACCUGUUUAUAUCAAACGUAUGUACUUCUAAUUGUGGACGAUAAGUACCUACUUCAAAUGUACCAUAAUCUUCAUCACCCCCCGAACCUUAACAAAAUGGAGUGCGGCGUAACGGGAGCGAGUUACACGAACGGCACUACGCCCGGGGGCGGCGGAGGAGGGGGCGGCAUUCUCGCAGACGUGAGGUCGGAAAGGUCACCGGCCAAGACGGGCUUGCACGUCAAUUUCAAGGACAAGGGAGAAAUCAAGGAGAAGCGGGAGAAGUUUCUCACCGCCAAGUACGGACACCACCAAAUGAGUCUCAUCAGGAAGCGGCUCGCCGUGGAAAUGUGGCUGUACGAAGAGAUGAAGAAACUCUAUGAAUGUAAAAGUGCGAAACAAGUAGAUCCUGUAAAUAGUGACGAAGUUGAGGUAGAUAUAGACGAACUACUAGAUAUGGACAGUGACGACGAGCGACGGAGGCAUUUACAGAAUCUACUCAUAAAUGCCAAAGGAUCCCAAAGUGAUAUAAAAAAAUUCAUAAAUGAAUUACUAGAUAAGGCAAAGACUCUUUAAAUUAAGUGAAGUGCCAAAAAUUAUUGUUCGAAGUGAUUAUAAUGAAGAAAUUGAAGAAACAGACAUGGGCCCACUGCGGAGCCUAAGUUGCACAAGUCUUAGUGAUUUUUUGUCUACAUCGAUGUUCAUUGGAUUUAAAUGAGUGUAUAUUCCAUCCUUAGAUAGCCAAGAUGGACGAUCCGGCGCAAUAAUUUUUAGAUUUUUUUAUGUGACUUCGUAACAGUAGUGGAAAUAGUCAACCGAUGGGUUCGAAAGUAUUAGCGUAUUAAUGUAUUAUUCAAUUUUAUAUUGUUUUUAUCAAAAUAUAUACAGUGCUAGCCAAAAGUCCCCUCCCCCUCGCAUCUUUUGAACGGUUAUACUUAUACUGUACUAAAAGCCACAGUUAGAAUUUAGAAUGCAGUGUUAGUUUUACGGCGCGCAUGGAUGUCGCUCAUGUCGGCACAGUGGUAGGUGCGUGUAUACAACCGUAGGCAAUUGUUGUGUGCGCGUAUACUCCAGUGCUAUGAUUCUUAAAUCCGGUCCUAAUGCACCGCUCGGGGCAAUCCGGUAACGUGGUCGGCCGUUCUCCGGUAAGAAAUACGUUGCCCUAUGCUACCUGCACUGCAUACUGACUGUAACUGUGGCUUCUACUUUAGUGAAAUUUGGAGGGAGGAAAUAAACAGACGUAGGCUUCUCAAAUAGCCAUAACAGGUGACGUAAUAGUGACAGAUGACGUUCCAGAGCAUUAUCCUCUCCUUAUCCCAUCCUCGUCGCCAAUAUUAUGUUACGUAUUAAUAAGACUUCAGGCAUUAACGACUAACAAGCAUGGAUCACCAUGAUAAUGAAGACAAAGAACUAACUGAAACAUGAAAUCUCUUAAAACUAGAAGAAUGACAACGGUCAAAACUACUUGACCCUGUCUCUAGUAUAGUUCCGUACACGGUUGCUAGUGAUAGGGUACUUACUAUCCAAAUAUAAUAGAUAUUACCACAGGAAGAAGUACAAUACGUACAAAUAGAAAAAGAUGACUAUAAGACUUAUGUGAUCGUUAAAAAAUAUUCUUCGAGUUUUUCCUUAAAAAAUGCCUCCUUUUCCUGCCUCCAAAUUUCAGUAUUAUUAGUAGAACGUUCAAAAGAUAUGAUGGGGGGUUAGCUCUUUUGGCUAGCACUAGGCUAGAAUUGCAAAACAAUUUUUUGUUCUCUAUUGUUUUUAUCAAAAUAAUAUAUAUACAGUUUAUGGAUUUUUGUGCCAAUUAGGUACUUUUUGAUUUGCUAGUGCCUGUUUGCACCAACAGAUCUUAAGCUCCAGCUUAGCCCAGCUCAGCUUAUACUUUAAUGCUGUGGCCACACCAGCGUCUAAUAUCGUAAAUUAUCGCAUUAUUUGCAUUAGAAAUAUGUCAAAUAAUGCCACUAUUAACGGUAUUAGACGCUAGUAUAGCCCCAGCAUGAGGAUUUACAUUUAUAUUUAAGCUUAAGGUACGUCUUAAGCUUAAUAUCUGUUGGUGCAACCAGACAUUAAUCCUGUACUUGAAGAUUUGGUGUAAUGUUCUUUGCCAUACAGUUUUAUUUGUUUUCCAUAUAGAUAGGUAGAUACAGUGCAUGGAUUCUAAAGGUGCCGCUGGGGGAUGGCGUCUAUGCGCAGUAUUAUAUUCAGUGAAAAGAGAGAAAGAAAUAAUGAAAUAACAGAUUUUAUAUUGUUUGCUAUUUCAUUAUUUCGAAUACUUUCUCUCUCAUACAUCGACUAUGAUACUGCGCAUAGACGCCAUCCCCCCACCGGCACCUUUAGAAUAUGUGCACUGUAUUUAGAUAGUUUCAAUGAGGUGGAUUUUGGCCUAUUCCACUGCGACUUUUUCAGAUCUGUUGUGGUCCUCUAUCUGCUCUACCCGUAAUAUUCUCUCUCUCUCUUGACCCUUUUUAAAAGGUCUAAUAAUUUACUAAGCAUUGCAUGUAGAUCUUUGCCGGAGGCUUUUCUUCGUCUAACAUUACAAAGAAUCGCACAUUUGCUAGGCUGUCACAUAGAAAAUCCCAAGUUAUUGUUGACAACAACAUCAAUCCGAAUGAUCUAUAAAAAU